CUUCGUGCGAACGUGGGCAAUUACGUUAUUUCGCGGUUUAAACACUUUGGAGGUUGACUGGUUGAGAAAAUGCCCUAGAUCGACCGUUUCCGUUUUUGGGCUCUCCUUCUACAACGGCACUCUCCCUCUGCUCACUCUCAGACUCUCUUCUCACAGGCGCAAGUUCCAGAUCUGUUCUUCUUCGUUCUGCCGCUUCCAAGGUCGCAGAAGCAACGAUCCACAGAAAUUAGGUUGCAAUGGACAACGAGUUUCAAAUCUACAACACAAUGACCAAGCAAAAAGAAGUCUUCAAGCCCAAAGAGCCUGGAAAGGUGGGCAUGUAUGUCUGUGGUGUUACCUCUUAUGAUUUCAGCCACAUUGGCCAUGCCCGGGCUUACGUUGCUUUCGAUGUUCUCUAUAGAUACCUACGACACUUGGGAUAUGAAGUGACCUAUGUACGCAACUUCACCGAUGUUGAUGACAAGAUAAUCCGCAGAGCAAAUGAACUUGGCGAAGAUCCAUUACAUUUAAGUAGUCGGUUUUGUGAUGAGUUUCUUGUUGAUAUGAAUGAUCUUCAGUGUGAACCUCCUACUCAUCAGCCUCGUGUUUCUGAUCAUAUGGAUCAGAUCAGAGAUUUGAUUUCUAAGAUUAUUGAUAAUGGCUGUGCUUACACCUUGGAGGGAGAUGUGUAUUUCUCAGUUGAUAAAUUUCCUAAUUAUGGUCGGUUAUCUGGACGGAAGCUGGAAGAUAAUCGAGCUGGUGAGAGGGUUGCUGUUGAUUCAAGAAAGCGAAACCCUGCUGACUUUGCAUUGUGGAAGGCUGCAAAACCUGAUGAGCCAAGUUGGGAAAGCCCUUGGGGACCUGGAAGACCAGGUUGGCAUAUUGAAUGCAGUGCCAUGAGUGCCCAUUAUCUGACUUUCUCCUUUGAUAUUCAUGGUGGGGGGAUGGACUUGGUUUUUCCACAUCAUGAAAAUGAGAUUGCUCAGAGCUGUGCUGCCUGCUCAGAGAGCAAUGUGAGCCAUUGGAUGCAUAAUGGUUUUGUUACGGAAAAUAAUGAGAAAAUGUCCAAGUCAUUGGGUAAUUUUUUUACCAUUCGUGAGAUUACUAAACAAUACCAUCCACUUGCUUUGCGGAUUUUCUUGAUGAGCACACACUAUCGUUCUCCUGUCAAUUACUCAAUCUUGCAGCUUGAGAUAGCAUCUGAUGCCAUUUUCUACAUUUACCAGACUUUACAUGAUUGUGAGGAGGCUUUGUCUCCAUUUCGUGAAGGAAGCCUUAAAGAUGAAAGAAAACCGAAUGCCAAGCCAGAUCGAAUUGCAUCUGCUACACAAGAUUGCAUUAACAAGUUGCGUAGUGAUUUUCAGACUAAAAUGUCUGAUGACCUGCACACUCCAGAGAUAUUGAAUGGUGCUCUUCAAGAAGCCUUAAGGUUCAUAAACAAUUCUAUGAACACACUAAAGAAAAAGCAACAAGCAUCAGCAGUUCAGUCCCUUAUUUCAUUGGUGGAAGAAGUAAAAAAGGUUCUGACCAUUCUGGGAUUGCAGCCAUCUUCGACAUACUCUGAGGUUUUACAACAAUUGAAGGAUAAGGCUUUGAAGAGAGCAGGAUUGACAGAGGAAGACGUAUUGCGUCUGAUAGAGGAAAGAACUCAAGCAAGGAAAAACAAAGAUUUCAGCAAGAGUGACCAGAUCAGGGAGGACUUGGCUGUCAAGGGCAUUGCUCUUAUGGAUGUUGGCAAAGAAACGAUAUGGAGACCCCGUGUCCCUGUUGCACAAGAGCAACAUGAGGUACCCCCUUCAACUUAGUGUGGACAAAGAGACCCCAAGUCCAUCCUUUAUUGCCAAAGCUUGGUGGUCCAUGAAAUGGAAGAGGUUUUGAUAUUUAUUCUUAACUUUUUUUUUUCAUUGGGAUGUUGUACAAGUUAGUCAUAUUGGCGACGCUGGAACCCAGCGAGUUUUUUCGGUUUUGGGUCAAGAUCGGUGGCAAACCCUCCUCUCCUGGUGGUCCUCGUCUGCCGCAUUGCAAAUGUAAUUAACAUUCCAAUUGGAUAGGUUUUAUAACAAACUAAAUAUAGACUCUGGUUUAUUAUCCCAUAAUAUAUAAAGUUAACAGGAUA